CAGGACCUGGGGCAGAGGAGGAGGAGAGGCUGCUGCCAUGGCUCCGCUGCCCUCACGCUUCUCGCUCUUCGCUGCCGCCCUGGCUGUCGCCGGCCGCCGUCGGCUUCCCUGCCACCACGGUAACGGCCGCCCUAACCCCCACGCUUCCCUGGGGGCGGCGGGGCGCCAGUCGCCCAGCGGAGAUCCGCGUCCCCCCCUUCCUCUCCCCACAGCCCCGGCGGCGGCGCGUACCUGCUCGGGCGCUGGGGGCCGGGCGGAGACCGAGCGGCCUGGCGAGCCCACCGCCCUGCUGCGGCACCUGCUGCUCAAGCUGCGGGCCACGGGGCCGGUGACGGUGGCCGAGUACAUGCGAGAGGCGCUCACGAACCCCGGCCAGGGCUACUACACGCGCGGCGGCGGCAUCGGCGAAAGCGGGGACUUCGUCACCUCGCCUGAAAUCAGUCAGAUAUUUGGAGAGUUAAUAGGAAUAUGGUAUAUUAGUGAAUGGAUAGCCAUGGGCAAACCCAAAGCAUUCCAGCUGGUGGAGCUAGGCCCAGGAAGGGGCACUCUCACUGAUGAUAUAUUACGGGUAUUCCACCAGCUUGCUUCUUUACUUAGUAAAUGUGAUGUCUCUAUUCAUCUGGUAGAAGUGAGUCCCAAACUCAGUGAGACCCAAGCACUGAUGCUAACAGGAGGGAAGGUGCAGCCAAACUCUGAGGACAAGUCUGCUUACAUGAAAGGUGUUAGCAAGACUGGAAUUCCUAUUUUCUGGUACAGAGACAUUCAAGAUGUGCCACCAGGUUACAGUUUUUACCUAGCACAUGAGUUUUUCGAUGCCCUUCCAAUACAUAAGUUUCAGAGAACAGAGAAAGGCUGGCGUGAAGUGCUGGUUGAUGUAGAUCCAGAAGUUCCUGACCACCUGCGGUUUGUCCUUUCACCAUCCAGUACUCCUGCAACAGAAAACUUUAUUCAGCCUGAAGAAAGAAGAGAUCAUGUGGAAGUGUGUCCUGAGGCUGGUGUCAUCAUUCAGAGGCUUGCCUGUCGUAUAGAAAAGGAUGGUGGGGCUGCACUGGUUGCCGAUUAUGGUCAUGAUGGAACCAAAACAGACACUUUCCGGGGUUUCCGGAAUCACAAACCUCAUGAUGUGCUGAGAGCUCCAGGUACAGCAGACCUGACAGCAGAUGUUGAUUACAGCUAUCUUCGAAAGAUGACCCAGGGAAGAACAGCAACAUUAGGCCCCAUAAAACAGCGGGAGUUUUUAAAGAACAUGGGCAUUGACCUCCGAUUGCAGGUACUUUUGCAGAAUUCACAUGACACACAAACUCGGGAGCAGUUACUUCAAAGCUAUGAUAUGCUGAUGAAUCCUGAGAAGAUGGGGGACUGCUUUAACUUUUUUGCCCUGCUGCCUCACCAGAGACUUCUACAUCCUGACAAGAAACAUAACCCAGAAUCAAAGUCUCCUGUACCACCUGUUGCUGGAUUUGAUGAACUCUUACUGAAGUAAUUUCAAGCACUAUAGCAAAAUGUGUGGUAGUAGUAGCUUUCAAUAGAAACUUAAUAAACUACAAAGUAGAAGGUUUUACCUACUAAAGGUUUUCCAGUAAUAUAAACUAAAAUACUUAUCUCCA